CAAUCAGAGUUGAAGCGUGUGGUUAUUGGUGAGUAUGUGUGCUAGGAGAUAUUGCUCUCAGCUUGAUGGGGGGUGGAGCUUGCUUUGUAGUUCCUAUGGGGACCAGACUGUAAAAGCGAAGGACCUGGACAAGAAGUAUCCCACUCAACAAACCCACACACACUCAGACGUUUACACUCGUCGGGUCACACACAAUACUGACAAACACAUCCCUUCAAAAAAGUCGGACGAUUAUCUGGUACUACAUCUGUUUUAUCUCUGCAGAUCCGAUUGGUUCUUCGCUCUACAACAGGUCGCGCCUGUGCGCACAGAUUGCGCCUGUGGUGGAGAUUCUGUCGGGAGCCACCGCUUUGCAGGAUGGAAAAGUAUGAGAAGAUUGGAAAGAUUGGAGAGGGCUCAUAUGGAGUCGUAUUCAAAUGCAGAAACAAAGACACGGGCCAGAUUGUGGCCAUCAAGAAGUUUGUGGAAUCUGAGGAUGACCCUAUCAUUAAGAAAAUCGCUCUUCGGGAAAUCCGUAUGCUUAAGCAACUAAAGCACAGUAACCUGGUUAACCUAAUCGAGGUGUUUCGCCGCAAGCGUAAGCUACACCUGGUGUUUGAGUACUGUGACCACACUGUCCUCAAUGAGCUGGACCGCUACCCACAUGGAGUUCCUGAGCACCUGGUGAAAAGCAUCACCUGGCAAACACUCCAGGCUGUCAACUUCUGCCAUAAACAAAAUUGUAUCCACAGAGAUGUAAAGCCAGAGAACAUCCUCAUCACCAAACAGCAGGUCAUUAAGCUAUGUGACUUCGGCUUCGCCCGUAUCCUCACGGGGCCCUGUGACUACUACACAGACUACGUGGCGACCCGGUGGUACCGGGCCCCGGAGCUGCUGGUGGGGGACACGCAGUACGGCCCCCCAGUGGACGUGUGGGCGGUGGGCUGCGUCUUCGCUGAGCUGCUCUCCGGCUCCCCCCUCUGGCCGGGCAAAUCUGACGUGGACCAGCUCUACCUCAUCAGAAAAACACUGGGAGAUCUGAUCCCCAGGCACCAGCAGGUCUUCAGCAACAACCAGUUCUUCAGUGGGGUAUCUGUCCCUGAACCACUAGAGAUGGAGACUCUGGAGCAGAAAUACCCUAACCUCUCUUACCAAGCACUCAGUCUUAUGAGGGGCUGCCUGCGGAUGGAUCCAUCCGAGCGUCUGACGUGCGAGCAGCUGCUUGAGCACCCCUACUUCGACAGCCUGCGAGAGGAGAGUGAGAGCGUGGCUCGGGAGCUCAACCGGGCCACCAAGAGACGCUCGCGGCAACCCCGCGCCAAACACCUGCCUCCUGGGUAUUUGCCUCAGCUAACCAGCAGUAGCAUCUUCCCUGUUCUGGACAACAGGAACAACAAAUACUACAACUUGCGCAAAUUCAACUACCACUUCCCCAACAUCUAACACACACAUGCAUACCUUCUCCCACACAAACGCAGACACACCAGCAGUUUCCUUGGAUAACUCAGGGACUAGCCAAUGCUUUGAAAACCCCUCACUCUCACAACCUGCAGAAGAUGGUCCAAUCAGUAUGUCGGGCAGCAGAGGGGAGGAAAGUGACCGGUGUAGGAGUAUCCCUUCCUGUGAGGGUUACUUUAGUGUGAAAAAUGAAACACGGUCUGAGGAGAAACUAAGCAACCAAAAACCUAUUUUCAGUCUCACUAAUACUCUUGCAAGCCAGAUUGCUAGGUUUUUAUAUCUCCUUUAUUUUGACCUAUUGCCUAGUUCAGGAACAGCAGUUGCAAACCUCUGCUGGACAAAAUACCUUUGAGAAUGUUGAAAGGACACUCUCCAGUAGCCAUUUUAAGCAGAAGCAAGUUGGUACCCA